CUGGAUGCCUUACUUAGCAUCAAAAUCAAAAUCAAACAAAGAUGCAGAAAUCCUUACGUCUCUCAAAGUUAGACUAUUACACAUUGGCGACCCCCAAAGAAGACUACUUUGGUCUUCAAUCAAUCUAGCUACAAAACCUUUUUAGCUCAUAUAUAUAAUCUUCAUGUUCUUGUCAAUUUCAAAUCCAACAUAGUUUCUUGAUUUUUCUUCCUCCUUUAAGCUUCACAUUCUGCUCUGUUUUGAUAUCCUCUGUUAUCUACUGAAAAUGGAAGCUACCCUUACCUACAUCCUCUGUUUCUUCAUUUUUCUCAUCACAGCCAAGUUCUUACUCUCCAGAAGAAGAUUCAAGAACCUUCCACCAGGCCCACGCCCUCUUCCCUUAAUCGGCAACCUCCACCAGCUAAAACCACCAGUUCACCACUUUUUCCACGCCCUAUCUCAGAAAUAUGGUCCCAUUUUCUCCUUCCGGUUCGGGUCCCUACCGGUGGUCGUCGUUUCCUCUGCCUCCGCCGCGGAAGAAUGCUUCACCAAAAACGACAUCAUCUUCGCCAACCGUGUCCACUCCUCCAAGACCAAGCACCUCGCCUACGACAGCACCACGGUCAUCACCGCUUCCUACGGCGACCACUGGCGCAACCUCCGCCGUAUCAGCUCAAUUGAGAUCCUCUCAACCCACCGCCUCAACUCCUUUCUCGGAGUCCGAAAGGACGAGACCAUGAGGCUGCUCCGGAAGCUCGCUCAUAACAAAGAUGAGUUCGGAAAAGUUGAGCUCAGGUCCAUGUUUGCUGAACUAACAUUCAACACCAUCAUGAGAAUGGUGUGUGGCAAACGCUACUACGGCGAGGAGUUUGACGGAACCAGCGCCGAGGAGGCGAAGAAAUUCAGAGAUGUCAUGGAUGAGAUGCAAACGUUUGGAUUAGGGUCUGGUCUCGGUGAAUUCGUGCCUCUUUUCAGGUUGUUUGAUUUCAGCGGAGAACCCAAGCGAUUACAGAAACUGGGGGAGAAAAUGGACGCACUCUUCCAAGGACUCAUCGAUGAACAUCGGAAUAUGGAGGGACCAAAAUCAAACACGAUGAUAGAUCAUCUACUUUCCUUACAAGAGACACAGCCUGAGUACUACACUGACCAAAUUAUCAAAGGGCUUAUUAUGUCGUUGAUAGUGGCGGGAACAGAAACUUCAGCUACAACAUUAGAAUGGGUGAUGGCGGAGCUGUUGAACCAUCCGGCGUUGUUGGAGAAAGCGAGGAAUGAGUUGGAGUCACAAAUUGGAAAUGAGCGCGUAAUGGAGGAAGCGGAGGUAACUAAAGUGCCUUACUUGGAGAAAAUAAUCUCUGAGACUUUGCGGUUGCAUCCAGCAGUUCCGAUGUUGUUACCACAUUACUCCUCUGAGGAUUGUACGGUGGGUGGCUAUCACGUGCCGCGUAAUACAAUGUUGAUGGUGAAUGCGUGGGCUAUACACAGGGACCCGAAUUUGUGGGUUGAUCCGUUGCAAUUUGUGCCUGAGAGGUUUGAGAAUGGUGGUGCGGAUGCGCGUUGGGUCAUUCCUUUUGGGAUGGGGAGGAGGUCAUGUCCUGGGUCGGGCUUGGCCCAGAGAACUAUGGGUCUGACUCUGGGCUCGUUGAUUCAGUGCUUUGAGUGGAAAAGGAUUGGCACGGAAGAGAUUGACAUGACUGAAGGACGUGGAACUAUCAUACCUAAGGCUAUUCCUUUGGAGGCCCUUUGCAAAGCUCGCCCAAUCAUCAACAAGAUUUUCUGAUCCUUUAUGAGACAUUGGAAGAAGUUGAAAUCAGCGUGUUAAAUUACUAGCCAAUAUUUGUUUCCACAAUAAAAAUUGUUAGUAUUGGAUUUGGAAUGAAUUAUUUAUUUUUAAAAAAAUUAUAUUUCAUAAGGUUAAUCCGUUAAUGUAUAAGAUGUUGCUUGUAUAAAAGAGUCUCGUACUCUCGUAUAAAUCUUUCAUACAAAAGUUGUUCAUUUUCUAUAUUGUAAUUUAGAUUUUAUUGGGCC